AUGAUAUUCUCUUUCUUCUUGACGCUGAUGUCGAUUGGUUACGCGAAAUUGAUGUCUGAUACCUUACAGAGCGGCGAUCUCCACAAAUGCAUCAUCGGAAUCCACGACAACGCGGCUCUUAAGGCGAGCGUUUCAAUCAUGGGGAUCACUGAGGGAUGCUACUUCUAUGAAACGACAGUGGAGCGCGCUGAAGAGGCUUCAACGUUCCUUUACGAGAAACAAGGCGCGGAUGAAUCGCUUAUAGCAGACAAUGCCGCUUCUUGCCGAGGAUUGCGGUUGUUCUACACGGUGGUGUUUGAUCUAACAAAAAAACAGAGGAAAAGAACCCGAAUUGCUGUGCGUACCAUGAACGAUCGUCUGGAGGUUUUUUUCCUUACCAAGAUUCACACCGAUCUGGUCGAUCACUCUGAACUUGGAUCACACAUGCUGAAAAUUGGCGACAUCCGCUACGUGAAGGCGAAUAUGCUAGAUUUCCGAUCCGUUUUCUCGCCGUCAAUCGAAGAAGUGCACAAGGAUGAGCAUUCACGCUUAGCUGGAUGUCCAAAGGAAGCCAACGAUAGCGUAGAGAUGCGAUGUUUCACUCGUAAAUUGCGUAUCAGCAGUCUUUUUUCGUACGAGGAAUACGUGUUCGUGGUGGUGCUUGAUGUGCACGAAUAUCGCGUGUUUUGGGUGCAUAUCGAAAAACUGGAUAGCGUUGGCGUGCCCGUUAUAAAGUUCAUUGAUACGAAGGCUGCCAUCUCGAUCAAAGCUGUGCCCAACUUUUACGAAGCUCAAUUCAAUGUUUACGUGAAGAAUAGGAAAGUUUUCCUGAUGGUCUCAAAUCGAAACGUGGUCGGCUUUGCGGCGGCCAACAUGCAACUCAUUGAUUUAGAAGCGCUUUUUGAAGGCAAUUAUCUAGAAGGAUACGGUAGACAAGCGUUGCCUGCCCACUUUUCACCGCUCAUGUACACGCACGAGUAUGCCGGAGUCUCCAAUGCAACCUUGAUCUUACGCAGACUGAUAGACGGAUGUGAAACAUAUUUUGGACACCCAACCGUGAUCGCUUCAAGAUUUUCAGAAGAGUCAAAUAUGGUUAAACGAUUCACGCCGUACCGAGGUCCGCUGCAUGCAAUUUAUCCGCCGACCGACGUGCCACAAAUGCCCGUGAGAGCGGAGAAAGCAAAAUACAUAGUUUAUGCUAUCUCGAUCGCCACUUUGUCUGGUCUCAUCUUGUUGAUCAGCCUACCAAAUCUAAUAAGAUGGAUUCUGAGAAAAUAUGCUGGAUUU